AUGAGCCAGGAAAUAACGGACAUAUCUUGGGAUUGCUUUAACACGGAGACUGUGCGGGACGGUGCCGUCCUUCCAACAGAUAAAAAGUUUUUCUGUGCUGAGUGCGGGAAGUGUUUCAGUUUCAUAAGCAGUCUUUGUAAGCAUAAAAAAAUCUCACACAGGGAGAAGCCGUAUUCCUGUUCUGAGUGCGGGAAAUGUUUUUCAGAGAAGUCCAAUCUUUUCACACAUCAGAGAAUACACACGGGGGAGAAGCCUUUUUCCUGUUCUGAGUGCGGCAAAUGUUUUUCACAGAAGUCCGAUCUUUCCACACAUCAGAGAUCUCACACGGGGGAGAAGCCUUUUUCCUGUUCUGAGUGCGGGAAAUGUUUUUCAAAGAAGUCCCAGCUUUCCACACAUCAGAGAUCUCACACGGGGGAGAAGCCUUUUUGCUGUUCUGAGUGCGGGAAAUGUUUUUCAAAGAAGUCCCAUCUUUCCACACAUCAGAGAAUACACACGGGUGAGAAGCCUUUUUUCUGUUCUGAGUGCGGGAAAUGUUUUUCAGAGAAGUCCCAGCUUUCCACACAUCAGAGAUCUCACACGGGGGAGAAGCCUUUUUCCUGUUCUGAGUGCGAAAAAUGUUUUUCGGAUAAGUCCAGUUUUUCCACACAUAAGAGAUCACACACGGGGGAGAAGCCACAUUCCUGUUCUGAGUGCGGGAAAUGUUUUUCAGUGAAGUCCCAGCUUUCCACACAUCAGAGAUCACACACGGGGGAGUGGCCUUUUUCCUGUUCGGAGUGUGGGAAAUGUUUUUCACAGAAGUCCGAUCUUUCCAAACAUCAGAGAUCUCACACGGGGGAGAAGCCUUUUUCCUGUCCUGAGUGCGGGAAAUGUUUUUCACUGAAGUCCAGUCUUUCCAGACAUCAGAGAUCUCACACGGGGGAGAAGCCACAUUCCUGUUCUGAGUGCGGGAAAUGUUUUUCAGUGAAGUCCAGUCUUUCCACACAUCAGAGAUCACACACGGGGGAGUGGCCUUUUUCCUGUUCUGAGUGUGGGAAAUGUUUUUCAAAGAAGUCCCAGCUUUCCACACAUCAGAGAUCUCACACGGGGGAGAAGCCUUUUUGCUGUUCUGAGUGCGGGAAAUGUUUUUCAAAGAAGUCCCAUCUUUCCACACAUCAGAGAAUACACACGGGGGAGAAGCCUUUUUUCUGUUCUGAGUGUGGGGAAUGUUUUUCAGUGAAGUCCAGUCUUUCCACACAUCAGAGAUCACACACGGGGGAGUGGCCUUUUUCCUGUUCUGAGUGUGGGAAAUGUUUUUCAAAGAAGUCCCAGCUUUCCACACAUCAGAGAUCUCACAUGGGGGAGAAGCCUUUUUCCUGUUCUGAGUGCGGGAAAUGUUUUUCAAAGAAGUCCCAUCUUUCCACACAUCAGAGAUCUCACACGGGGGAGAAGCCUUUUUCCUGUUCUGAGUGUGGGAAAUGUUUUUCACUGAAGUCCAGUCUUUCCACACAUCAGAGAUCUCACACGGAGGAGAAGCCGUAUUCCUGUCCUGAGUGAGGGAAAUGUUUUUCAAAGAAGUCCCAUCUUUCCACACAUCAGAGAUCUCACACGGGGGAGAAGCCUUUUUCCUGUUCUGAGUGCGGGAAAUGUUUUUCACUGAAGUCCAGUCUUUCCAGACAUCAGAGAUCUCACACGGGGGAGAAGCCACAUUCCUGUUCUGAGUGCGGGAAAUGUUUUUCAGUGAAGUCCCAUCUUUCCACACAUCAGAGAUCUCACACGGGAGAGAAGCCUUUUUCCUGUUCUGAGUGUGGGGAAUGUUUUUCAUUGAACUCCCAGCUUUCCACACAUCAGAGAUCUCACACGGGGGAGAAGACUUUUUCCUGUUCGGAGUGCGGGAAAUGUUUUAUACGGAAGUCCCAUCUUUCCAGACAUCAGAGAUCUCACACGGGGGAGAAGCCGCAUUCCUGUCCAGAGUGCGCGAAAUGUUUUUCGCGGAUGUCCAGUCUUUCCACACAUCAGAGAUCACACACGGGGGAGAUGCCUUUUUCCUGUUCUGAGUGCGGGAAAUGUUUUUCAGUGAAGUCCAAUCUUUCCACACAUCAGAGAUCACACACGGGGGAGAAGCCUUUUUCCUGUCCUGAGUGCGGGAAAUGUUUUUUAAAGAAGUCCCUUCUUUCCAAACAUCAGAGAUCUCACACGGGGGAGAAGCCGUAUUCCUGUCCUGAGUGUGGGAAAUGUUUUUUACAGAAGUCCAAUCUUUCCACACAUCAGAGAUCACACACAGGGGAGAAGCCUUUUUCCUGUCCUGAGUGCGAAAAAUGUUUUUCACAGAAGUCCCAUCUUUCCACACAUCAGAGAUCUCACACGGGGGAGAAGCCUUUUUCCUGUUCUGAGUGUGGGAAAUGUUUUUUACAGAAGUCCGAUCUUUCCAAACAUCAGAGAUCUCACACGGGGGAGAAGCCUUUUUCCUGUUCUGAGUGCGGAAAAUGUUUUUCAGAUAAGUCCGAUCUUUCCAAACAUCAGAGAUCUCACACGGGGGAGAAGCCUUUUUCCUGUUCUGAGUGCGGAAAAUGUUUUUCACAGAAUUCAGAUCUUUCCAAACAUCAGAGAUCUCACACGGGGGAGAAGCCUUUUUCCUGUCCUGAGUGCAGAAAAUGUUUUUCAGUGAAGUCCAAGCUUUCCACACAUCAGAGAUCUCACACGGGGGAGAAGCCUUUUUCCUGUCCUGAGUGCGGAAAAUGUUUUUCAGUGAAGUCCCAUCUUUCCAAACAUCAGAGAUCUCACACGGGGGAGAAGCUUUUUUCCUGUUCUGAGUGCGGGAAAUGUUUUUCAGAGAAGUCCAGUCUUAACAGACAUCAGAGAUCUCACACGGGGGAGAAGCCUUUUUCCUGUUCUGAGUGCGGGAAAUGUUUUAUACGGAAGUCCCAUCUUUCCAGACAUCAGAGAUCUCACACGGGGGAGAAGCCGCAUUCCUGUCCAGAGUGCGCGAAAUGUUUUUCGCGGAUGUCCAGUCUUUCCACACAUCAGAGAUCACACACGGGGGAGAAGCCGUAUUCCUGUUCUGAGUGCGGGAAAUGUUUUUCACAGAAGUCCGAUCUUUCCAAACAUCAGAGAUCUCACACGGGGGAGAAGCCUUUUUCCUGUUCUGAGUGCGGGAAAUGUUUUUCAGUGAAGUCCAAUCUUUCCACACAUCAGAGAUCACACACGGGGGAGAAGCCUUUUUCCUGUCCUGAGUGCGGGAAAUGUUUUUUAAAGAAGUCCCUUCUUUCCAAACAUCAGAGAUCUCACACGGGGGAGAAGCCGUAUUCCUGUCCCGAGUGCGGGAAAUGUUUUUCACAGAAGUCCCAUCUUUCCACACAUCAGAGAUCUCACACGGGGGAGAAGCCGUAUUCCUGUCCUGAGUGCGGAAAAUGUUUUUCACAGAAGUCCCAUCUUUCCAGACAUCAGAGAUCUCACAUGGGGGAGAAGCCUUUUUUCUGUCCUGAGCUGUUACUGGGUAUAGCAAGAUGGCAGCCGUCCAGCAGGCCUCGGCCUUUAAUUAAGCCGCUGCUAGGUGAAGGGGCUCAGCAGGAAUCCUUUCUAGGUGGUCCGGGGGCCUGUACAGCGUUUCCAUGUCCUGAGUGCGGGAAAUGUUUUUUAAUGAAGUCCAAGCUUUCCAGACACCAGAGAUCUCACACGGGGGAGAAGCCUUUUUCCUGUUCUGAGUGUGGAAAAUGUUUUGCAAUGAAGUCCAGUCUUUCCACACAUCAGAGAUCUCACACGGGGGAGAAGCCUUUUUCCUGUUCUGAGUGCGGGAAAUGUUUUUCAGAUAAGUCCAGUUUUUCCACACAUCAGAGAUCUCACACGGGGGAGAAGCCUUUUUCCUGUUCUGAGUGCGGGAAAUGUUUUUCAGAUAAGUCCAAUCUUUCCACACAUCAGAGAUCUCACACGGGGGAGAAGCCUUUUUCCUGUUCCGAGUGCGGAAAAUGUUUUUUAAUGAAGUCCAAGCUUUACAGACAUCAGAGAUCUCACACGGGGGAGAAGCCGUAUUCCUGUUCUGAGUGCGGAAAAUGUUUUUCAAUGAAGGCCAAUCUUUCCACACAUCAGAGAUCUCACACGGGGGAGAAGCCUUUUUCCUGUCCUGAGUGUGGGAAAUGUUUUUCAGUGAAGUCCCAUCUUUCCACACAUCAGAGAGAACACACGGGGGAGAAGCCUUUUUCCUGUUCUGAGUGCGGGAAAUGUUUUUCAGAUAAGUCCAGUCUUUCCACACAUCAGAGAUCUCACACGGGGGAGAAGCCUUUUUCCUGUCCUGAGUGCGGGAAAUGUUUUUCAGAGAAGUCCAGUCUUUCCACACAUCAGAGAUCUCACACGGGGGAGAAGCCUUUUUCCUGUCCUGAGUGCGGGAAAUGUUUUUCACAGAAGUCCAGUCUUAACAAACAUCAGAUAUCUCACACGGGGGAAAAGCCGUAUUCCUGUCCUGAGUGCGGGAAAUGUUUUUCGCGGAUGUCCAGUCUUUCCACACAUCAGAGAUCUCACACGGGGGAGAAGCCGUAUUCCUGUCCUGAGUGCGGGAAAUGUUUUUCGCGGAUGUCCAGUCUUUCCACACAUCAGAGAUCUCACACAGGGGAGAAGCCGUAUUCCUGUCCUGAGUGCGGGAAAUGUUUUUCGCGGAUGUCCAGUCUUUCCACACAUCAGAGAUCACACACGGGGGAGAAGCCGUAUUCCUGUUCUGAGUGCGGGAAAUGUUUUGCAGAUAAGUCCCAUUUUUCCACACAUCAGAGGUCUCACACGGGGGAAAAGCCAUAUUCCUGUUCUGAGUGCGGGAAAUGUUUUGCAGAUAGGUCCAAUCUUUCCAAACAUCGGAGAUCUCACACAGGGGGAAAAAGGUUUCCAUGUCCUGAGUGUGGGAAAUGUUUUUCAAUGAACUCCCAGCUUUCCACACAUCAGAAAUCUCACACGGGGGAGAAGCCUUUUUCCUGUUCUGAGUGCGGGAAAUGUUUUUCAGUGAAGUCCAGUCUUUCCACACAUCAGAGAUCUCACACGGGGGAGAAGCCUUUUUCCUGUUCUGAGUGCGGGAAAUGUUUUUUAGUGAAGUCUCAUCUUUCCACACAUCAGAGAUCUCACACGGGGGAGAAGCCUUUUUCCUGUCCUGAGUGCGGGAAAUGUUUUUCACAGAAGUCCCAUCUUUCCACACAUCAGAGAUUACACACGGGGCUGAAGCCUUUUUCCUGUUUUGAGUGCGGGAAAUGUUUUUCAGAUAAGUCCAAUCUUUCCACACAUCAGAGAUCUCACAUGGGGGAGAAGCCUUUUUCCUGUUCUGAGUGUGGAAAAUGUUUUUCAGUGAAGUCCCAUCUUUCCUCACAUCAGAGAUCUCACACGGGGGAGAAGCCUUUUUCCUGUUCUGAGUGCGGGAAAUGUUUUUUAGUGAAGUCCUAUCUUUCCACACAUCAGAGAUCACACACGGGGGAGAAGCCGUAUUCCUGUUCUGAGUGCGGGAAAUGUUUUUCAGUGAAGUCCAAUCUUUCCACACAUCGGAGAUCUCACACGGGGGAGAAGCCUUUUUCCUGUUCUGAGUGCGGGAAAUGUUUUUCAGUGAAGUCCCAUCUUUCCACACAUCAGAGAAUACACACGGGGGAGAAGCCUUUUUCCUGUCCUGAGUUUCCAUGUCUUGAGUGUGGAAAAUGUUUUUCACAGAAGUCCAAUCUUUCCAAACAUCAGAGAUCUCACACGGGGGAGAAGCCUUUUUCCUGUCCUGUGUGCGGGAAAUGUUUUUCAGAGAAGUCCAAUCUUUCCACACAUCAAAGAUCUCACACGGGGGAGAAGCCUUUUUCCUGUCUUGUGUGCGGGAAAUGUUUUUUACAUAAGUCCUAUCUUUUUAUACAUCAGAGAUUGCACACGGGGGAGAAGCCAUAUUCUUGUCCUGAGUGUGGGAAAUGUUUUUCACAUAAGUCCCAUCUUUACAGACAUCAAAGAUCACACACGGGGGAGAAGCCUUUUUCCUGUUCUGUGUGCGGAAAAUGUUUUUCAGAGAAGUCUCAGCUUUCCACACAUCAGAGAUCUCACACGGGGGAGAAGCCUUUUUCCUGUUCUGUGUGUGGAAAAAGUUUUUCAGAGAAGUCUCAGCUUUCCACACAUCAGAGAUCUCACACGGGGGAGAAGCCUUUUUCCUGUCCUGAAUGCGAGAAAUGUUUUUCACAUAAGUCCCAUUUUUACAGACAUCAGAGAUCUCACACGGGGCAGAAGCCUUUUUCCUGUUCUGUGUGUGGAAAAUGUUUUUCAGAGAAGUCCGAGCUUUCCACACAUCAGAGAUCUCACACGGGGGAGAAGCCUUUUUCCUGUUCUGUGUUUCCCUGUCCUGAGUGCGGGAAGUGUUUUUCAAGGAAGUCCAGUUUUCACAGACAUUGGAGAUCUCACACGGGGGAGAAGCCGUAUUCCUGUCCCGAGUGCAGGAAAUGUUUUUCACAGAAGUCCACUCUUUUUGUACAUCAGAGAUUGCACACAGGUGAGAAGCCGUAUUCCUGCCCUGAGUGCGGGAAAUGUUUUUCAGAGAAGUCCGUUCUUGUGAUACAUCAGAGAUCUCACACGGGGGAAAAGAUGUAUUCCUGCCCUGAGUGCGGGAAAUGUUUUUCACAAAAGACCCAUCUUUCCACACAUAAGAAAUCUCACAUGGGGGAGAAGCCACAUUCCUGUCCUAAGUGUGGGAAAUGUUUUUCUGAUGAGUCCACUCUUUCCAGACAUCAGAGAUCUCACAUGGGGGAGUUGCCUUUUUCCUGUUCUGAGUGUGGGAAAUGUUUUGCAUAUAAGUCCAGGCUUUCCACACAUCAGAGAUCACACACAGGGGAGAAACCUUUUUCCUGUUCUGUGUGCGGGGAAUGUUUUUCAAUGAAGUCCAGGCUUUCCACACAUCAGAGAUCACACACGGGGGAGAAGCCGUAUUCCUGUCCUGAGUGCGGGAAAUGUUUUUUAGAGAAGUCCAGUCUUUCCACACAUCAGAGAAUGCACACGGGGGAGAAGCCGUUUUCCUGUUCUGAGUGUGGGAAGUGUUUUUCAGAGAAGUCCAGUCUUUCCACACAUCAGAGAAUACACACGGGGGAGAAGCCGUUUUCCUGCUCUGAGUGCGGGAAAUGUUUUUCAGAUAAGUCCCAGCUUGCCAGACAUCGGAGAUCUCACACAGGGGAGAAGCCGCAUUCCUGUCCUGAGUGCAGGAAAUGUUUUUCAGAAAAGUCCCAUCUUUCCACACAUCAGAAAUCACACACGGGGGAGAAGCCUUUUUGCUGUUCUGAGUGCGGGAAAUGUUUUUCAGAGAAGUCCAAGCUUUCCACACAUCAGAAAUCACACACGGGGGAGAAACCGUAUUCCUGUCCUGAGUGCGGGAAAUGUUUUUCACAGAAGUCCAGUUUGUACAGACAUCAGAGAUCGCACACAGGGGAGAAGUUGUAUUCCUGUCCUGAGUGCGGGAAAGUUUUUUCACGGAAGUCCUAUCUAUUUAUUCAUCAGAGAAUUCACACAGGGGAGAAGUUGUAUUCUUGUCCUGAGUGCGGAAAAUGUUUUGCAGAUGAGUCCUAUUUUUACAGACAUCAGAGAUUGCACACGGGGGAGUUGCCUUUUUCCUGUUCUGAGUGUGGGAAAUGUUUUUCACAAAAGUCCAAUUUUUACAAACAUCAGAGAUUGCACACGGGUGAGAUGCCGUAUUCCUGUCCUGAGUGCGGGAAAUGUUUUGCAGAUAAGUCCAGUCUUUCCACACAUCAGAGAUCUCACACGGGGGAGAAGCCGCAUUCCUGUCCUGAGUGCGGGAAAUGUUUUUCACAGAAGUCCAGUUUGUACAGACAUCAGAGAUUGCACACGGGUGAGAAGCCGUAUUCCUGUCCUGAGUGCGGGAAAUGUUUUGCAGAUAAGUCCACUCUUUCCACACAUCAGAGAUCACACACAGGAGAGAAGCCGUAUUCCUGCCCUGAGUGCGGGAAAUAUUUUUUCCAGAAGUCCCAUCUUUCCAGACAUCAAAGAUCACACACGGGGGAGAAGCCGUAUUCCUGUCCUGAGUGUGGGAAAUGUUUUUCACAUAGGUCCAGUCUUUACAAACAUCAGAGAUCUCACACGGGGGAAAAGCCGUAUCCCUGUCCUGAGUGUGGGAAAUGUUUUCCAGAGAAGUCCAAUCUUUACAGACAUCAGAGAUUGCACAGGGGGGAGAAGCCGCAUUCCUGUGCUGAGUGUGGGAAGUGUUUUUCAAAUAGUUACAGUCUUUCCACCCAUCAGAGAUCGCACACGGGGGAAAAGCCGUAUUCUUGUCCUGAGUGCGGGAAAUGUUUUUCGGAUAAGGCCAAUGUUUAUACACAUCAGAGGUCUCACACAGGUGAAAAGCCGUAUUCCUGUGCUGAGUGUGGGAAAAGUUUUUCAGUUAAGUUACGUCUUGAUACACAUCAGAGAUUGCACACGGGAGAGAAGCCGUAUUCCUGUCCUGAUUGUGGGAAAUGUUUUUCAGAGAAGUCCAAUGUUUACAAACAUCAGAGAACUCACAUGGGUGAGAAGCCACUUUCCUGUCCUGAGUACGGGAAUGGUCAUUCACAGAAGUCUUCCGUUCCCAGUCAUCUGGGAUUGGACACGGAGGAGAAACCAUUUUCCUGUCCUGAGUGAGGGAAAUGUUCCUCACUGAAGUCCUGUCUUCCUGUACAUCAGGGGUCCCACACAA